GUUCUGUUCUUUAAAACAGGUAGAUUUCACAUUUCUGUAGCUGAUAAACAAAUUCUGCAUUUAAUUGAUUGAUAAAAGAUAACAAAUACUGCUAAAAAUACAUUGAAACCUUUUUCACCUAUUUUAUGUCAAUAAAAAAUACAUGUCAGACUAUUUUAUGGCUCAGUUGUAGUCUAGAAGUUCAGUGAGUGUAAUUUGUGUGUUUAGUGCUAAUCCAAAUCGUAGAUUAUAAUUGAUUGAAAAUAUUUAAACUCAUACAGUUGUCUUUAAAAAGACGAAUUUUGCAUGUGAUUUAUUGUGCUGCACAUUUCAGCAGUCAACACGCUAUAUUCUAGGUGAUAAAAAAGUUGAGAUGCUUUAUGUGAUACAAAACUAAUUGCCAUCAAUGUAAAAACGUAUAUCACGUAUUUCCCAUAAUUUACUUUUUUUUGGAGUCGCAUAUAAAUGCAAUAUUGUUGCUAAAAAACAAUAGUAAAGUGACAGCUGUAAAUACUUUAGACUGCUUAAUUUAUGACAUUUUUUUCGGUCUGAGCAGGGAUCUGAGUGAUUGAAAAACAAUAAAAUUAUCAUAAUACCAAUUAAUCCAGUGGAUUUUUGAUGAAGCAAUCAUUUAAUGUAAACGGGAUGUCAACAACUCAUUGGCCACAAUAUAUAGCUGGUGCUUCUGCAGCUGGAGGUGCUUUAGCUGUUGGAACGGCAUUAGGUUGGCCAGCCCCGACUGAAAGGAGGCUUUUAACAGAUCAGGAACAAGGUUUUGAGAUAACACCAGGACAAUGGGAUUGGAUAGGAUCUAUUAUAACAAUUGGAUGUGCCAUAUCGUGCCUCCCAAUUGGCUUCUUAAUGAAGAAGUUUGGAAGGAAAUGGACAAUGCUUACACUCGUAAUUCCAUUUAUUGUUGGAUGGGCUCUUUUAAUUUGGGCAAUAAAUGUCGCUAUGAUGAUAGCUGGAAGAUUUUUGAUCGGAAUUGCAGGUGGUGCUUUCUGUAUUUCGGCACCACAAUAUUCUGCAGAAAUAGCUGAGAAGGAGAUUCGUGGAAUUAUCGGAACAUUCUUUCAAAUUUUAAUUAAUGCUGGUAUUUUAUUCGUCUACUGCAUUGGACCAUACAUGUCAGUUUAUUGGACCAAUAUUAUUUGUGGAUUAGUCGCUGUAUUAUUUGGUGUUGUCUUUUUCUUCAUGCCUGAAAGUCCCGUUUAUCUUGUCAUCGAAAAUCGCAUUGACGAUGCACAAAAAGUUUACAAAUGGUUAAGAGGUGAUCAUUAUGAUCCUCAAAAUGAAAUCGAUGCUAUAAAAGAGGAAAUUGAAGAAAUUAAUAGGAACCAAACUUCAUUUGGAGAACUUAUUAAGCUAAGAGCAUCAAAAAUUGCGAUUUUUAUUGGAUUUGGGCUAGCAUUUUUCCAGCAAAUGAGCGGUAUCAAUGUUGUCAUCUUCUAUUCAACAAGAAUCUUCGAUGAAGCAAAUGUGCAAAUAGAUUCAGACAUUUCAACAAUUAUCAUGGGAUCAAUAAAUUUUGGAGUCACUUGUGUUGGUGCACUUUUAGUCGAUAGACUUGGCAGACGACUUUUAUUGCUGGUUUCAAUCAUUGGCAUGACAAUUUGUACUACUGCGCUAGGAGUUUUCUUCUUCCUUCUCGAGCAAGACGAGACUGUUGCUGAUUCUUUAGGAUGGUUGCCGCUGACUUCUUUAAGUAUCUUCUUAGUCACAUUUGCUAUUGGCUACGGACCAGUCGUAUGGCUUAUGAUUGGUGAGAUAUCUUCAAAGGAAUUAUCAACAUUUGUGAGCCCAUUUAUUGGCUUCUUCAACUGGAUGUUUGCAUUCGUAAUUACAAUAAGUUUCCGUCCGAUUGCUGACAUUAUAACAAUCGGUCCAACAUUUUGGAUCUUUUCUGGUGCCAGUUUUGUAGGCAUUCUCUUUACAUUCUUCAUUAUCCCAGAAACAAAAGGAAAGUCAAUGGCUGAGAUUCAAAAGAUGCUUGCUGGAGACAAGAAUGUUGAUGAAUAAUUAAAUUUUUUACCUUAACUUAUAAGUUUUAAUGUUGUCGUAUACUCAAAAAAGGAGAAGCAAAAAGCAAUAAAAAAGUUUAAUUAAAUUAUAUUUGAAGAUCACUUGAG